UGGCUUAGAAAGCGGGGCGGGGAGCGGCGGGGAGCGGCGCCGCCAUCUUGUCGCGGAGGAGCCGAGAGCUGCGGGCGGGACCCGGCGCGGGGCCUGGACAGCGCCAUUGAUGUCCAGCUCCCCGCUGUCGAAGAAGCGCCGCGUGUCCGGGUCAGAACCGAACCUCAGUGUCACCAACGUCCCCAACAGCGACAGCCCCGCCAACGGAAUGGCGAAGAACGGCGGCGAAGCGGAGAUCGAUGAGGGGCUGUACUCGAGGCAGCUGUACGUGCUGGGCCACGAGGCCAUGAAGCGGAUGCAGACGUCCAACGUGUUGGUGUCGGGGCUGCGGGGGCUGGGGGUGGAGGUGGCCAAGAACCUGGUGCUGGGGGGGGUCAAAUCCGUCACCCUACACGACCCCCAGCCCGCGACCUGGGCCGACCUGUCAUCACAGUUCUAUUUACGUGAGGCCGAUGUGGGUCAGAACCGGGCCGAGGCGACGCUGCCCCGAUUGGCCGAACUCAACGCGUACGUGGGGGUCAGCAGCAGCCGGGAGCCGCUCAGCGAGGAGCUGCUGCAGCCCUUCCAGGUACCCCAUGGCUGCCCCAUAGCUGCCCCAUAGCUGCCCCAUAGCUGCCCCAUAGAGACC